CGGCUCUGCGUGGAGAUGGCGGAUGUGAUGGCUGCCGAGGGCUGGAGGGACGCAGGCUACGAGUUCGUCUGCAUUGAUGACUGCUGGAUGGCUCCGACGCGGGAUGAACAUGGCAGGCUCCAGGCUGACCCAAAACGGUUCCCCAGCGGGAUCCGCAAGCUGGCCGACUAUGUCCACUCCAAGGGGCUGAAGCUGGGAAUCUACAGUGAUGUCGGGAACAAGACGUGUGCUGGCUUCCCUGGCAGUUACAACCACUACGACCUGGAUGCCCAGACAUUCGCCUCCUGGGGUGUGGACCUGCUAAAGUUUGACGGCUGCAACUCUGGCACGCUGGAGCUGCUGGCAGAGGGUUACAGGCACAUGUCUCUGGCCCUGAACAAGACUGGAAGGAGCAUUGUGUACUCCUGUGAAUGGCCUUUCUACUUGAGACCUGUGCAGCAGCCCAAUUACACAGAGAUCAAGCAGUACUGCAAUCACUGGAGGAACUUUUAUGAUGUCUAUGAUUCCUGGAGAAGCAUCAAGAGUAUCUUGGACUGGACAGCACUUCACCAGGACAGCAUUGUGAAGAUAGCUGGGCCAGGGGGCUGGAAUGAUCCUGACAUGCUGGUGAUUGGAAACUUUGGGCUGAGCUGGGACCAGGCGGUGACUCAGAUGGCAAUGUGGGCUAUUAUGGCAGCUCCCCUCUUCAUGUCCAAUGACCUGCGGCACAUUAGUCCUGAGGCCAAGUGGCUGCUCCAGAACAAGGAGGUGAUCGCCAUCAACCAGGAUCCGCUGGGCAAGCAGGGAUACCAAAUCACCAAGGACAAGAACUUUGAGCUGUGGGAGCGGCCCCUGUCUGGCCAUGCCUACGCCGUGGCAGUGCUGAACCACCAGGAGAUUGGGGGACCCCAGAACUUCACCUUCUCCCUCACCUUCCUCGGCAAUGGGCUGGCCUGCAACCCAGCGUGCUCCGUCCGGCAGAUCCUGCCAGCCAGCAGGGACUGGGGGCUUUACAACUGGGUCUCAUCCCUGAGUGUGGAGGUGAACCCAACAGGCACUGUGCUGCUGAAACUGGACAGAGCUGUAACCACCAGUUAG